UCCACUGUCAUUAACUAUAAAGACUUGGUAGUCUGAUUCAUUUCACAGUUGACAAAAAAGUGACCAUUUGAAAUAAGUACAGCAUACAAGGUACAGUGUAGGUAUUCACAAAGCAAAAGUGAGUAGAUUUACAAUCAUACAAGUUUUGGAAAGUGGCAAAUAUGAUACUAGCACAUCUCUACAAAAAUCAUGAAGCUACUUGCAAAGGCAGGAAAAGUGUUAUGUAAGAAGUUCAAAUUCAACUGGAAGUGAACACAGGUUCAGGAAGAAUUUACUUCUUCUGACAGUUUACAAUAAUAGUUAAGAAUAUAUUCUCACAAAUCAAAAUCUGCUUGCUCUUUAAAUAAAUUAAAAAUGAUUGACCACAAUGAGCUUAUUCGAGAAAUGGACUACAUUGAAAAAAUGCCCCGGAAUGAGAGGGUGAAAUUAGCCUGUAAGCGACGCAAAGAUCAGUUAAUAGCUCAUUCAAAAUGGAUGAAAACAGAGGACUUCAUGAACACAACUGAUCCUCAAUCAAGAAACAGAAAGAGAAUUAAAUUCACAGCGGACUUGGAACUAAUGGAUAUUGCUGCAAGAAAUGAUCUUGAUGAAAUGAGAGAACUUCUGAAAAAUGGAGCUGACCCUAAUCAGAAAAAUCAUGAUGGACUCACAGCUCUUCAUCAGUGCUGCAUUGAUGGAUCCUUAGACAUGGUAACACUUUUACUUGAAAAUGGAGCGAAUGUCAACAUCAAAGACAGAGACCUUUGGACGCCUCUUCAUGCUGCAGCAACGUGUGGCCAUUUCAAAAUCGUAAGCCUCCUUAUAAAGGCUGGUGCUGAUCUGACAGCAAUAAACGGCGAUGGCGAUAUGCCUCAUGACAUAGCUGAAGAUGAAGUCAUGCAACAGUACUUGGAGAAUGAAUUGGCUAAGAUUGGACUGACAGAGAAUGAAAUCAACCACAUUCGCAAUUCUUCCCAUUCAUCUAUGUUAGCAGAUAUCAACUAUGUUUUGUCCAGUGGAGGAGAUCUGAAUCAACCAUUAGACCAAGGAGGUACAUUUCUUCAUGUGGCUAUUGCAAGCUGUUUUAAUGACAUAGCUUAUUUAUUAUUGAGAGAAGGGGCAUCUGCCUCAGUACGUGACGAUGAUGGAUGGGAACCUAUUCAUGUUGCAGCUUACUGGGGAAAUGAAGAAGCUCUUGAUUUACUUAGCAAUCAAGAGGAUACUGAUAUAAGAUCUACAACAGACAAUGGAGAAACACCAUAUGACCUCUGUGAAGAUCACGAGAUGAAAAUACACAUUCUACAAAAAAUUAGUGAUGUAUCUCGGAAAUAUGGCUCUGUCAAAACAUACAUCAAUCCACAUCCACAACCAUCCAUUAAAAAGUUAAAGAGUUGUAAUGAAAGUGAUGUUGAAAUGAUCAGCCACUUCGAUGACUACGAAGAGACAAUAACGGAUGUCUUGAACUUUAACAUUUAUGCAGAUCAAACAAAAUCUCAAGAAACAGAUAAAGAGAAUAUUCAUGACCAAAAUGGUAGUGAUGUUGAAGAAGUACAAGAGAGUCUGCAAGAUAACAGUUCCAAAGAUCAUACAUCAUAUACCAUACUCAACCUGGAAGCCUCUGAAUUUUCUGAACGAAGGAAUUCUGUUAAAGAAGCGAAGCACUUAGCACCAGUAAAACGAGCUAAUAGUUUGGAAAGACACCAACAGCCCCCAUACAUCACAAACAACAUCAAAGACGGAAAUGACGAUGCGCAUGAAAAAACUACAGAUAACAUACUUGAUUUGAUAACCACAUUGAGCGCUCCACAGCAGCCAAUUAUCACAAUGGAAGACGAUGAUGACGAAAUUAUUGGAUACCCACAAGGAAUUGCAAAUCCUCUUUAUGUACAAGAAAAUAAUUAUAUGAGAAACAUGAAAGAUGACAAAGAAGUACAUGUAACAGAUGGUAACCAAAAAGACAUAAAAACUAACCAUGUGCUUCCUACUACACCAUCAAAAGUUCAGAGACCCACUGAGACAGGACAAACUACAUUACAAGUAAUGAAACACUCCAAACCAAGAGCACCAACACCACCACAAGAUCAAAGACAUCAAUCUCCUGAGACUUUUAUACCAAGAAAUGAACCUGAAGUACAUAAUGAUACAAAAUACCUUUCAAGACAAAAUGCUACUUCAUCAUUAAAGACUCAAGAUUUUACAGAAAUGAACAAUAAUAUGUUAGGAAAAGGUUCUUUAAUAAAUACAACACUUAUGGACCUGAAAAAAAGGCGUCAGGAGGCAAGGCUAAUGCAAAGAGUAAACUUGGAGGCUGACAGCAAAGCUACCUUGACAAAAUCUACAUUUUAUAAUGAAUGUGAAACUUAUGAUCCACCACCAAGUCCAACAAUGAUUCGUUAUCACUUUAAAAUGAGUGAAGAAGAGUUUAAUGGUCAACAGAUUAUCAGAGUAAGGAAAUGUAUCAUAAUGUAAAGGAUUCUAAUUUUACUUAAUACAACACCCAUGUUGGAUAACAGCAGUACAUGUCUUUAAUCAAUUACCAUUAUUUUCAGUUCUUAACUGGAGGUAACACCAAAAUUUUCAGUCCUACCAAAAAGUGUGAGUAAAAACUCUGUAUUCAUAUGUAAUUCUUUUUUUUAUUUUAUAACUAUUUUUCAUAUCUCAGCAUUAAACUUCUGCAUCAAGGUAUGAGAUAUAGAUGAUCAGUAUUCUGCUGUAGUGAAUCCCCAAAGAUCCACGCAUAUAUCAUCUUGCAACAUUAUAAUCAUUAUGGUCCCUGGUACAAAGUACAGACGUAAUGUUAAGGAAUGUCAGUAUAAUACAAAGGAUGCUGAUCCUAUUUUCAACUACUCUCAUCUCUGGAAUAUAAAAUCAAUCCCAUCUGAUGAUAAAUAAAUAUUCUUAUUAGUGUUGCUAAAGCUGUACGUAGUAUAAUACAGUUUUUACUUAGUUAAUUUUCAAAUCAGUGAUCAAAUCAGUAGUUGCUGAAAGAAGUAGUGUACUAGCAUUCCUGCUGAGGGCAACAAUGCAUACAAAAUUCCACUGACAUUCCCAAAGUGAUAUCAACAGAAUAUUGCAGCAGUAAGUGAAUUUUCCCAGAAUGUAAAAAGCCUCUCUUAGCUUCCUCAUUCCAACCAGCAUCUUCAUUUACCUUCCUUAAUCAGUGAUUAUUGCAUUCCAGUCAACACCAUACUAUUACGUAUUCCUUUCCCUUAGCUCCUCAUCCCAACCUCUAUCUUGAGGGUUACCUAUGUAAGUGAAUACUGGGGUAGAAAAACUUCAGGAUGAUUCUGCUAGGAAAACCAAAUAAAUCAAUAUUCUUUGUAUAGAAUAAAAGUCAAAGAUAUGAUGGAGAUGUUGUACAUACUGGAAUUUUAGUCACAUAUUGUAUAGUACAUUUUUUAAUUGUAGUGUUUUAUGUAUAGUAAGGACAAUAAAUUGUUUCUGCCUA